UUGAGUGGCAAUCUUUUUUUCUUUUAACAAUGUGACUGGUGACUUUUUGGUGGAUUGGCGAUGUGACUACCAUAUAAGAGAGCAAGCUUCCUCUUUUCGUUCCAAAACAUAUUUCUAGCUAUCUUUCCAUAGCGUAGCAUGGCGACGGCCUGCAAAGGAGGAGGGAAAGGUGAAGCCAUGACGUUGGGCGAGGGUGAUGAGUCCCCCAUGACCAACGACGUCUUCCCGGACAACUUCGCCGAGAUCGUCGCCUCUCUUCCCCAAGGGCCACCUUGCCCGGUGUUUCCUUCCCUCCGUCUGUACCGCGGGUUCUGGUACCCUGAGGGCGCCCUGAUGAUCCUCCCGAAAGUCCACGCCUCCUUCAACAAGCUCGGCACAGACAUCCUCUUCGCGAGCUUCCCCAAGACCGGCACCACCUGGCUCAAGGCCCUCGGUUUCGCCACCGCGCGCAGGUCCGUGCACUCGCCGUUCGACGGCGGCCACCCGCUCCUCUCCAACAUCUCCCACGACUGCGUCAAGUUCAUCGACAAUCUGAAGUUCUUAGACGACGACGAUACGGCGCCGGCCGCGCCGCGUCUCCUCGGGACGCACUUGCCCUACUCCCUCCUCCCGAAACGCGCCACGGCGGACGGCUCCGGGUGCCGGAUCGUGUACAUCACCCGGGACCCCAAGGACACGCUGGUCUCCUUGUGGCAUUUCGAAGCCCGUGUACAGACGACAGCAGAGGAGGGCACAGCUCAGCAUCCGACAGCAGCAGCUGCUGCCGAGUUCGAGGAAGCGUUCGAGCAGUACUGCCAAGGCCGUUGCGGGUUGGGCCCGCAGUGGGAACACGCCCGUGAGUACUGGGAGGCGAGCAAGAGAAGGCCGGGGAACGUGCUGUGCCUUAGGUACGAGGAGAUGCUGCAGGACCCGGCAGGCAACCUGAAGAAGAUGGCGGAGUUCAUGGGGUGCCCGUUCUCGGCAGCGGAGGAGGAGGCCGGCGUGGUGCGCGCCAUCAUUGAGCUGUGCAGCCUGGACAAGCAGAGGAGACUGGCGGUGAACAAGACCGGAGCUUAUAGGACCAAGAACUUGAUGACGAUCGACAACAAGCAUUUCUUCAGGAAGGGGGUGCCGGGGGACUGGAGAAACCACAUGACGCCGGAGAUGGCAGCGAGGCUGGACGGCAUCGUAGAGGAGGCACUCAAGGGAUCAGGAUUUACCUUUGGCAACACCAAGUAAUUAACGGAAACAUCAACACGAGCCCAUAUGUAUGCAUCUCGUGACCUCGACGUGUUCAUCCAUAUAUUUCCCUCUUCUUUUCUUUUGAGUGCACUUAUAUAUUCAUGAUUGUGAAUCAUGCCGGCCAUUAGUAUAUAUGUUGUUAGCAAGAUAUAUAAACAAUGAAUAAAAUUAUUAUCGCUUGCUUGUUUUAAAAGUGAACA